AUGUCCUCCUUUCACUCAUCUCCAUGUUGUCAUCGCCACCGCUCCGCCGCCCCUUCUCCACCGCAAACCAAUCGCCUGACCGGCCAAAUCCUCGCCGCCGUCAUUCAAAACAGACCUCUCGACUCCGCUCCUACCCAACACAACCAAACCCGCAUCUGGACAUCAGUCCUGAGACCAAUCCCUCUACACCUCUUCCAGUCGCCGAGAUCCAUCGGCCGCCAGAAAACCCACCGCCACCGCUCCCCCAUCCAUCAGCGAAACCUCAAGCAAGAAACAACCAAUCGCAAAACAAGCUCCCUAAUCCUCGGCCCACAGAGACCCCAAGCUCCUGAAUCUCGGCCUCGAGAAGGCGCUCGAGUUCUUGUACUGGGUCGAGAACCGGUUCGACUUCCGGCACGAUGA